CUUAAAGAGAGAGAAUGGAUUUCCAGAACAUUAUAGUUGCAGUAGUGUUUGCCUGGACUUUGGUCCAAGCCCUCUGUGUAGUAAGCAAAAAGCUUCCACCAGGGCCAUUUCCAUGGCCGGUCAUCGGAAACCUUCACUUGCUUGGAAACCAACCCCACAAAUCCCUAGCGCGGCUUGCCGGAAAAUAUGGUCCGGUUAUGAAUCUGAAGCUGGGCAUGAUAAACACAGUGGUUAUUUCUUCGUCCAACAUGGCCAAACAAGCCCUACAAAAACAAGACUUAACCUUCUCCACCCGGUCUUGCCCCGAUGUCGUGAGAGCUUGCAAUCACAACCAAGUCUCUGUUGUUUGGCUCCCCGUCGCCUCCAAGUGGACAGCCCUUCGAAAGGCCAUGAAUUCCAACAUCUUUUCCGGCGUCAAGCUCGACAAUAAUCAGCAUCUGAGAGUUAGAAAGAUCCAGGAGCUGAUUAUUUACUGCCAAAAUAAAAGUCAGGUAGGGGAAGCGGUGGAUAUUGGGCGUGCAGCUUUCAGGACUACCCUCAAUUUGCUGUCCAACACCAUUUUCUCUAAGGAUUUAACCGACCCUUUCUCGGACUCUGCCAAAGAAUUCAAAGAAUUGGUUUGGAACAUCAUGGAGGAAGCUGGAAAGCCCAACCUGGUUGAUUACUUUCCCUUUCUUGAAAAGUUUGAUCCCCAAGGUUCAAGACGUCGCAUGAAAGGUCAUUUCACUAAGGUGCUAGAGCUUUUCGAAGAUUUGAUUGAUGAACGGCUGGAAGAGAGAAAAGUGAUGGGCAGCAAAAAUGUUGAUGUAUUAGAUUCACUUCUUAACAUCACCCAAGAAAGACCAGAGGAGAUCGAUAGGAAGUAUAUUUUGCAUGUGUGCUUGGAUAUGUUUGCGGCGGGGACAGACACAUCAUCGAACACAUUAGAGUGGAUCAUGGCGGAGCUUCUUAAUAAUCCAAAUGCUAUGGCAAAAGCUCAAGCAGAGCUGGCUGAUGUUAUUGGUAAAGGCAAGCCAAUACAAGAAGCUGAUGUUACCCGUUUGCCUUACUUGCAAUGCGUCAUAAAAGAGACUUUUAGAAUGCACCCUCCUGUUCCAUUCUUGAUUCCGCGCAAAGUUGAACAGGAAGUCAACCUAUGUGGACACACUAUUCCUAAGGACUCACAAAUUCUAGUCAACUUAUGGGCAAUUGGGCGUGACUCUAGUAUUUGGAAAAAUUCAUUGAUCUUCAAUCCUGAGCGAUUCUGGAAUUUGGAAAUAAAUGUUAAAGGACAAGAUUUUGAACUCAUUCCAUUUGGUGCAGGUAGAAGAAUUUGUCCGGGAUUUCCAAUGGCAAUGAGGAUGGUUCCGGUAAUGUUGGGCUCCUUACUAAACUCAUUCCAAUGGAAACUUGAAGAUGAGUUAGACAUGGAGGAAAAGUUUGGCAUUACAUUGGCUAAAGCUCAUCCUCUUAGGGCUAUCCCCAUUCCCUUUAAAUAGAGUACCUCUUCAUCAGUUCAUGUUUUGUUGCAUUAUUUAAUAGAUAUAUAUUGUGUUGCUGCAAACUAGCUUAAAAUAAUUGCCAAUCCAUCAGUCAACUUGCUAGUGAUG